GUAACUUUUUGAUAAAAGAACUCCGAGGGGAAAUUACUGUAAAAACAAUUUUUGUGGAAAAUAAAUGAAAUUCAGUUUAAAGUCAUGGUUUAUUUAAAUUUUCCAGGUGCUUUGACUGAAGAGGAAGAGCAAUUGAAAAUUAAAUAUGCUAAGUUACGGAAAAAGAAAAAAAUGUUACAAGUGAUGAGAACAGCUAAACCAGAAGUAAAACAAGACACAAAUCAACAAAUAAAAAGACCUUCCGAAAAUGCAGAAGAUGCUAUGGUUCAAGCCAAAAAACUUGUACAAUCUGGGCUAAUCAAGCUUGAUGCUGGAAAGCGUGAGAAAGGAUUUAAAAGAUCAAAUAAUCUAGAGAAGAAAAUGAAGGAUUCUGAAAAAGCUGUUGGCUUUCAGCCAUUUUCUGCUACACAUGAAGAAGUCGGAGAUGACAGACCAGAACCUAGUUCAAGACCAAGAGGAAAACCAUUAUAUGAAAGUUUUGUUAGUGGUGGUCCUCGAUACAGUCGAGAUGAUAGAAGAGACGACAGAGAUAGACGAGAUGAUCGAGACCGGAGAGAUGAUAGGAGAGACGAUCGAAGAGAUGACAGAAGAGAUAGAGAGAAAGAUCCUCCAAAGAAAGGCAAUACUAUAUAUGUCAAUGGUUCUGGUGUGACAGAGAAAAUUCUUACUAAAGCCUUUUCAAAUAUAGGAUCUAUUGUAAAUGUUUCCAUGGAAAAUGAUAGAAAUUGUGGCUUUGUAACAUUUGAUAAAAUGGAGUCAGCCGAUCAAGCUAUUGCAGAGAUGAAUGGAGCUAUGAUUGAAAAUGUCACACUUCAUGUAUCAAUGGCCAGAAGACAACCAGCUUUUGAAAGUAUUCAAGAUCUAUCAGCUAAUAGUUGGACAUCAAUAGCUGCUAGUAAAUCACAGAAAGGUUCUGGUUACAAGGAUAAAAGAAGCAUUGUAUCAUAUGAAGAUGAAAAUAUAUUUUAAACUCUAGUCUCUGUCAUCAAGAGUCAAGACUUGUUUUACAGGACAUAAUGGUUACAUCUGAACUUACAUUUGGUAGUUGUGUCAGACCAGAGUAUAGACUUGUUUUACAGGACAUAGUGGUUAGAUCUGAACUUAUAUUUGGUAAUGCUAGAUUCCCAUUGUCGUGUGAUGCGUUUACGGUAGGAUUGUCCUCUACUGAGUCCACGAUCUGGUAGGUGCAGGUGCGUUUCGAUAUGAUCAACAGGAUUGCUAUGACUGACCUCAAUUUAUGAUACGACCUGAUCGGAUCACCAGGAUUAAAACCAUGAUUUUAAUUGUAGCGUGAAUCGAAUCAGGAUAGUGGAAAUCUAGCAUAAGGAAUUUACUCCUGAAAGAAACAUUAAUAGGAAGAAAGAAAGAAUGAAAGGAUGAAUUAUAAUAAAACUCAAGAGGCAAAGUGUGUCCUUUAUGAAAAAAGAAUUCUAUGAAAAAUCUGUAAAUAGAAACAAAUAAAGAAUGAAAAGUUGAA